GUGCCGCCCCCUCGCAUGGGCGCCGCCUCCUCACGGGCUCCGCGCUCGUCCUGAGGUGGCUCCGCGGCUCCCUAAGGAGCCCAGCCCCGCGGUCGCGUCCCCUCACGGAAACCUUCCCCCGAGCAUGGCGGGGCCGGCUGAGGAUCGGUACCGGCCGGCGGUGCCUCCCCGAGCCGCCUGCGCCUACACCGGCUGCUACUGUGAGGAAAACGUGUGGAAGCUGUGCGACUACAUCAGGGGUCAGGGGGAGUAUCCUUUGGAGGAGUUCUACGCGGUUUUCAUAUCCAACGAGAGGAGGAUGAUCCCACUCUGGAAACAGAAGUCAGGGCAUGGAGAUGAACCUGUCGUCUGGGACUACCACGUUAUCCUACUUCAUGUUUCCAGUGGGGAGCUGAACUUCAUUUAUGAUCUUGACACAGUGCUGCCAUUCCCGUGUCCCUUUGACGUGUACAGCAUGGAGGCCUUUAGGCUGGAUGACAGCCUUCACCCCGAAUUUCACAGGAAAAUCCGAAUGAUACGAGCAGAUUUGUACCUGAAGACGUUUGCUUCGGACAGAUCUCACAUGAAAGAUGCAAAUGGGGAAUGGCAGAAACCUCCUCCCUCGUACCCCUGCAUUGAAACAGCAGACACCUGGAAGGCUCUGAGUGCAUCUGUGGUGGCGUGCUGUCAUCUGGGCAGUCACCGGAGCGUUGCAGAGGAAGCUACCUUGGAACGGUGUGUGCUUCAGUGGGUGCCGUGCCAGAAGCCAGGGGUGGCUGCUGGGGAACAAGCACGUGGUUAACUUUGGGCUGAAUCCAGGUCCUGUGCUCCAGUGGUGCAGGUCGCAGAUCGACAGGCCUCCUGCAGGCCAAUGUGCAGAUUUAGAAAGCAUCACUCUCAAAAAGGAACUGGUAAUUCUCUCCCUUCAGAUGCUGGCAAUUUCCAGCACGGUUUUAUCAGGCAUAAAGCACCUGACUUUAAACUCGAUAGAAAGCCGGGUGGCUGAGCUUUGGUUAGCGUAAAAGAGCCUGGGACAUAAAUGUUCAUCCAUGCCAAAUGCCUUUACAGGUAACUUUCCUCCCCACUUAGAGUACUCUCCUGUCCAUGUGAACUUGUGUUUGUCUAAGAUUAAAUUGCUCACUUCUUGUGUUAGAGGAGACUGCAAUUUAACAGCUGGCAGAACUGACCACGUAUAUUUUAGUGCCCGUUUAUUUGUGAGGCACGUCGGGAUCAGAGCAUUACAUUACUCCUUGCUAUUAUAUUGCUGUCAUUUAGAGAAGCCAAAGUCAUAAGCUCUGGAGAAGAUGAUUACAAAAGGUAAUCAGGUACAAGGACUUACAUUAUGUCUAUUUGCUCUGUCUCUGAUGUUAAACAAAUGCUUGAAGACUGAAA